CAGCACCAACGCGAUGAGAGAGGAGAGGAGAGGAGGGCGCUCCUUCAUCUCAGACUGAAACUUUAGUUCUCUGCUGCUGAGAGCCGUCCAGCUGUGGAUGGAGAACCUAACAUUCACUCCUCUCACUCAGCCGAUUGUGUUUGAACUGGAGGGCUUCGACGUUCCACCAGGACAUGGUCCGCUCUUCUUCUUCUUGGCCCUGUUUGCCUACAUGGUGGUGCUGCUGGGGAACGGUGUGGUGAUCUGUGUCAUCAUGACGGACCGGAGCCUGCACAGACCCAUGUUUGUGAUGAUCUGCCACCUGGUGGUCUGUGACCUGCUGGGCGCCACGGCGGUGCUUCCUCGCCUCAUGAUGCACUUCCUGAUGGGGCAGAAGAAGAUCAGCUACCUCCCAGCUAUUGCUCAGGGUUUCUGUGUUCACACGUACGGCGUUGCAAUGCAGACCAUUCUGGGAGUGAUGGCUGUUGACAGGUAUGUGGCAGUGUGUGAGCCUCUCAGGUAUCUCUCCAUCAUGACUUCGGCUCGGCUGCACAGCUGCUGCGCUGUGGCCUGGAUCGUUGCUCUGCUGCUCAUCGCUGUGCUCUUCUCCUUCCACAUGAACGUCCCGUUGUGCGGCCACAUCCUUCAACACGUCUACUGCACCAACCGGAUCAUAAUGAAUCUGGCCUGCACACCCACUCCUAUGAACGACAUCUAUGGUUUAGCCAUGACCUGGUUUGUGAGUACAGGGAUGUUCAUCAUCAUCGCCUUUUCCUACAUCAGGAUCCUGGCAGCUGCUCUGAAGCAGGGCAGGAGCGACAGCAGCAUCCGCACCAAGGCCUUCCAGACAUGCGCAUCACACCUUGUGGUUUAUGUGUUUUAUGAAAUAGCUUCGCUAAUUAUCAUCGUUAGCUACAGAUUUCCAUCCGCCACUAAAAACAUGAAGAAGUUUCUCAGCAUCCUGUUCAUCAUCGUCCCUCCGGCCAUCAACCCCAUCAUCUACGGGCUGGUCAGUAAGGACCUGCGCUCCAGCAUCAUCAAGCGCUUUUCUACCAGAACCGCUCACAAGAACAGACUCUCUGUCCCACAGUGAAUAUUUGUUUCAAAAGCACUAUUUAUAAAUAAAUAUGACCAGUAGCUCACAGUAAUGUAAUGCUGUAAAACCCGAGUGUUUUUUUUAUUUAUCAUCAAUAAAAUCAGAUAAACUUCAAA